AUGCUGUCGAGGGGUUGCUUUGCAGCUUUGCUCUUUCCAAACGCAGCGGCUGCAGCCUGCAAGCAGGCGCUGUCGCAUGUCGGAGCGGUGCUUGGCGGGUGCACCGCUGCCGCGUCGACCAGCGCCCAGCCGUCGGCCAGCCGCUCUUUACCGGGCUUUGGGCGGCUGACUGCGGACCGCGGGCAUGCAGUUUGUGGCCCCAGCUCGAUACCACCGUCGGGGGCCGCCUUCAGCACAGCCGCCCUAGCGGGCGCGACAGAGGCUGGAGACGCGGCGCAUGCUGCCGCAAGCAUCGGGGCCCCCGCUGCCGACGCUGCCGGCGACGGCGGCGCCGCCAGCAGUGGCAGCAGCGGCGUGCCCAGCAGCGAAAGCGACGCCGCAGCGAGCAGCGCCGGCGACGGCGCCGCCGGCGGCGGCGGCGACGGCCCCGCCAGCAGCAGUGGGGACGGCGCGGCGCCCGAAGUCAUGGUUCCGCAGCCCGUGCCGCGCGCGCAUGUCGACGCGCCUAGAGGCGCCGCCGGCGCCGCCGCUGGCGCGCGCACGCCGUCCGAAGAGCGCACUAAGGCGGAGAUCGACCUCCAGCGGGCUGCCGGCGGGCGCGAGCUGCACGCGCUCAUCUCGGGCGCGCCCGAGCCGCUGGCGCCGGAGGCGCUGCGCAUAGCGCUCUCGCGCGCCGCGGUGCUGGUGCAGGCGAAGCAGCAGCAGUCGAAGGCGGCGCAGGGUGUUGGCGCGGUGGCAGAUGAGGAGGCGGUGUUGCUGAACGACGCCUUGAUUCGGCUGACGACGCGGCUGGUGCAGGUGCAUGGGGGGCUUGAUGUGCCCCAGCUGGCGGCCAUCCUGCACUCGUACGCCAAGCUGCAGCUGCUGCCCGGCACUGUGGAGUUCAUGGCGCAGCUGGUUGGCCGCCUCAAGGGCCGCAUCUCAUCCGGCGCGGGCGUCGACGGCAAGGUCCUAGCUAUGCUCGGCUGGAGCCUGGCGCGGCUCGGGUGCACCAACGAGACAGUGCUGGCCGAGCUCGCGCGCGCGGCGGAGCAGCACGCGGACGCCAUGACGGUGCCGCAGCUGCGGCAGCUGCUCUGGGCGGCCGCGACGCUGCCGCUGCACGACUGGCAGCUCAUCGCCACCCUCAGCCGCGCCGCGGCCCGCAGGGUGCGUGCGCGGCGGCCUCGGCUUGUGGUGCAGCAGCAGCGCCACAACGCCGGCUGCGGCUGGGUAUUCUACCGGCACGCCUGA